GAAAAGAACAUUUAAUAACAAUGUUGAUAACAGUAGUUCGCGUUUUCUGAUACUUUAACUCAAGCAUAUUAGAACGUUUUACAUCUCCGCUGGCGAAUUGUUGUCUAACGGCACCGCGCUACAAACAUGUUUAUCUACUUAAGCAAGAAGAUAGCCAUCCCAAACAACACGCGUCUGAACUGUAUCGCAUGGAACAAGGAUCAGGGGUACGUAGCGGUGGGCGGAGAGGAUGGACUGCUGAAGGUGCUCAAGCUAGAGCAAGCAAGCAGCUCGGCCGUGUCGGCCCAGCCCGGAAAGGCGCUGCAGGCAAGCAACCUGUCGAUGAACCAAACGCUCGAGGGUCAUAAAUCGUCCAUCCAGGUGGUGACCUGGAACGAAUCGCAGCAGAAGUUGACCUCGUCCGACAAGGAUGGCGUUAUUAUGGUGUGGAUGUUGUACAAGGGUUCCUGGUACGAGGAGAUGACGAAUGAUCGUAAAAAGUCGACGGUAAAGGGAAUGGCUUGGACGAGCGAUGGGCAGAAGAUAUGCAUCGUGUACGAAGAUGGCACUGUCAUUGUUGGCUCGGUCGAUGGAAACCGGAUCUGGGGCAAGGAACUGAAGAACGUGUCGCUGACCGGCGUACAAUGGAGCCCGGACGGGAGGCUGCUCCUAUUCAGCAUUAAAAAUGGUGAGGUUCACCUGUACGACAACCAGGGCAUCUUCGUGAUGAAGCUGCACGUCCAGUGUGUGUACCUUACGCCGUCGAAGAGCAUUACGGUGGUGGGCCUUUGUUGGUUCCAUAAGGGCACCUCGCCGAGUCGCCCGGUUCUGGCAAUUUGCUACGAAAACGGUCGAAUGCAGUUGAUGCGGCACGAAAACGACGACACCCCAGUUGUGGUGGAUACGGGAGUGCAGGCCAUUUCGUGUAUGUGGAACCAUGACGGGACGAUCCUGGCGGUUUGCGGAAUCAAGUCGAACCUUAGCAGCGAUAAGGAUAGCAGCCAAGUGUUGUUCUACACUCCGUAUGGUGUGCACAUCCGUACGCUGAAGAUUCCCGGCAAAGAAAUAACGUCCCUCUCAUGGGAAGGCAAAUCGCUCCGAAUCGCCUUGUCGGUGGAUUCGUUCAUUUACUUCGCAAACAUCCGACCAGACUACAGUUGGUGCUACUUCAACCGCACCGUCUGCUACCUGGAGGCAAGCGGUGGUGCCGGGGGCGACGACACGGAUACGGUAACGUUCUGGGACACCAACUCGAAUCAGUGCUACGCGAAGCAGAUCGAACCGAUGAUGUCGAUGGCCUCCUCGGCUGACCACUGCGUGAUCGCCGUUGAGACACGCAUGACCGGCAAGGAGUUCAGCGUCGUGAGCGAGGGCAAGGGGAAGGAUCUGAUGUACCAGCUGCUGAUAUGCAACUCGAUCAGCACGACGGUGGAUUCCAAAUACAUCGAUAUUAGACCGGAGUUUAUAACAAUGAACUCAACGCACGUGAUCGUGGCGUCGAAAGAUCACUUUCUGCUCUGGCAUUAUCAUACACCGAAGGGGGCCUCCACGUUGCACGCGAACCUGAAGACGAAACGCGAUCGCAGGUACCACAUCGACGACACGCCCGCCCUGGAAGUGCUAAACGAUCUCGACUCGAAGACGGCCCACGAAAUCCCGCCCAAAGUGGACCCGAGCCAGGAUCCCAUCUGUUGCCUGGCAUCCUCGGAGAGUUUGCUAUUGAUCGGCCGGGAGAGUGGCCUCAUCCACGAGUACACGCUGCCUCAUCUGGUGCUGCGCAACCGACACUAUCUGCAGACGCGCAGUUAUAAGCUGGCGAUCAACUGUAACUCGAACCGAGCGGCCAUGAUCGACUGCAACGGCGUGCUGACGACGCUGACUCUCCGUGACGACACAACGAGCAACGAACUGGAGCAAUCGAGCGGCCACAUCGAACGGAAGGACGUGUGGGCCAUCUGCUGGGCGAAGGACAACCCGCAGCUGCUGGCCAUCAUGGAGAAGACGCGCAUGUACAUCCUGCGCGGGGCCGACCCGGAGGAACCGAUCACCUGCUCCGGCUACAUCUGCCACUUUGAGGAGCUGGAAAUCACGGGCGUCCUGCUGGACGACAUCAUCAAGGGUGGUGCGACGCCGAACGUGAAGGAGCAUCUCGUGCAGUUGCGCGUCAAAUCGCUGCGCGACACGGAGGAUCUGCUGGCGCACGUCGGGAUAGCCGAGGCGAAGCAGUUCAUCGAGGAUAACCCACACCCGCGGCUGUGGAGACUGCUGGCGGAGGCAUCGCUGAAGAAGCUGGACCUCGAGACGGCCGAAGCGGCGUUCGUGCGAUGCAGCAACUAUCCGGGCAUUCAGCUGAUCAAGCGCCUCAGGACAAUCCAGCUGGAAGCGCUGCAGCGGGCCGAGAUCGGCGCGUUCUUCGGCGAGUUCGAUGAGGCGGAAAAGCUGUACAUGGACGUGGAUCGACGGGAUUGCGCGGUUCGGUUGCGCCAGACGCUGUGCGAUUGGUUUCGCACGGUGCAGCUGUAUCGGCUCGGGCCGGGCACGUCCGACCAGCAGAUGGAGAAUGCGUGGCGCGAGAUCGGCCACCACUACAUGAACAUGCGCGCCUGGGACAGCGCCAAGGAGUACUACGAGAAGGCGCACCACAUCGAGGGCCUGAUGGACGCGCUGUACGGUUUGGAGCAGUACGACGAGCUGGUCGGCUGCAUGCACAAGCUCCCCGAGAAGAGCCCGCAGCUGGCGAAGCUGGGCCAGAUGCUGGCCACGGUGGGGAUGUGCGAGCAGGCGGUCGCCGCCUACCUCAAGCUGGGCGACGUCAAGUCGGCCGUCUCCAGCUGCAUCGGCCUGCGGCAGUGGGGACUGGCGGUGGAGCUGGCGCAAAAGUACAAGAUGCCCCAGAUCAACACGCUGCUGAGCAAGCACGCGGCCCAGCUGCUGCAGGAGGGCAAGCUGCCGGAAGCGAUCGAGCUGCAGCGGAAGGCGGGCCGCUAUCUGGACUCCGCCCGGCUGCUGCUGAAGAUGGCCGAGGCGGAGGUGGAGAAGAAGUCCGACUACGUGCGUAUCAAGCAGCUGUACGUGCUGUCGGGGCUGCUCGCGGAGGAGUACAUCGAAAAGCAGAUGGCGCUGCAGGCGGGCGGCCCAAGCCGAGCGGCGGUCCUGGCCCAGCUCAAUCCGGACGAUGCGGUGCUGAUCGAGCAGAUAUGGCACCACGCGGAGGCGUACCACUAUAUGCUGCUGGCACAGCGACAACUGCGCUCCGGGUUGCUGCAUAGCGCCGUCAUUAGCGCGCUCCGGCUGCGCGAGUACGAGGACGUGCUGGACGUGGAGGUGCUGUACGCGCUGCUCGCCCUGGCCAGCUGUGCCGAUCGCUCGUUCGGCACCUGCUCGAAGGCGUUCAUCAAGCUGGAGGCGAUCGAGACGAUCUCCGAGGGUCGUCGGCUGCAGUACGAGGAGCUGGCCAUCAGCAUCUUCUCGCGCUACGACCCGAAGGACAACAAGGUGAAGCACGUCAGCUGUUACACCUGCGAGACGCCGGUGGCCGACUGCAGCACGCUCUGUCCCAGCUGCGGCAAUCGCUUUCCGCCGUGCAUCGCGUCCGGACAGCCGCUGACCAAUCCGACCGGCGCCUGGCAGUGUUCCGGUUGCUACCACGUCGCGCACCCGCUGGAAAUGACGUCACGCAAGACGUGCCCCCUCUGCCAUCGGCUGAUCGCGCCGGCGAAGGGAGCGGUGGAGAUUUAAUGUUUUAUUGCACACCAACACAUACACAGACACACAUUUAUUACGUACCUGCGUUCAAGUUUAUCGAACACUCCGUUUAUUACGAUCUUUUCUUAAGGUUAGUGUGGCAUCCUGGGUUUAGAGUUACACGGAUAGAGGGUAGUCAGUAUAGAU